AUGGAGGCUGAUUCACUCCACUUGGGAGGUGAGUGGCAGUUCAACCAGUUUUCAAAACUCACAUCUUCUCGGCCAGAUGCAGCUUUUGCUGAAAUCCAGCCGACUUCUCUACCUGAGAAGUCACCACUGGCAUCUGAGACCCAUGUCGACCUCUGUGAUGAUUUGGCUCCUGUGGCAAGACAGCCUGUCCCCGGGGAGAAGCUUCCUCUCAGUAGCAGGAGACCUGCUGCAGUGGGGGCUGGGCUCCAGAAUAUGGGAAACACUUGCUACGUGAAUGCUUCCCUGCAGUGCCUGACAUACACACCACCCCUUGCCAACUACAUGCUGUCCCGGGAGCACUCUCAACUUUGUCAUCGUCAAAAGUGCUGCAUGCUGUGUAUGAUGGAAGCUCACAUCACACGGGCCCUCCACCGUCCUGGCCACGUCAUCCAGCCCUCACAGGCACUGGCUGCUGGCUUCCAUAGAGGCAAGCAGGAAGAUGCCCAUGAAUUUCUGAUGUUCAUUGUGGAUGCCAUGAGAAAGUCAUGCCUUCCCGGGCACAAGCAGGUCGAUCAUGACUCUAAGGACACCACCCUCAUCCACCAGAUAUUUGGAGGCUACUGGAGAUCUCAAAUCAAGUGUCUCCACUGCCAGGGUGUUUCGGACACCUUUGACCCCUACCUGGACAUUGCCCUGGAUAUCCAGGCAGCUCAGAGUGUGAAGCAAGCUUUGGAACAGGUGGUGAAGCCCGAAGAACUCAAUGGAGAGAAUGCCUAUCAUUGUGGUCUUUGUCUCCAGAAGGCGCCUGCCUCCAAGACGUUCACUUUACAAACCUCUGCCAAGGUCCUCAUCCUUGUAUUGAAGAGAUUCUCUGAUGUCACAGGCAACAAACUUGCCAAGAAUGUGCAAUACCCUGAGUGCCUUGACAUGCAGCCAUACACGUCUCAGCAGAACACAGGGCCUCUUGUCUAUGUCCUCUAUGCUGUGCUGGUCCACGCUGGGUGGAGUUGUCACAACGGACAUUACCUCUCUUAUGUCAGAGCUCCAGGAGGCCAGUGGUAUAAAAUGGAUGACGCCGAGGUCACUGCCUGUAGCAUCGCUUCUGUCCUGAGUCAACAGGCCUAUGUCCUCUUUUACAUCCAGAAGAGUGAAUUGGAAAGACACGGUGAGAGUGUGUCAAUAGGCAGGAAACCAGGAGCCCUUGGCGCUGAACACACAGGCAGGCGAGCAACGCAAGAAGAGCUCCAGAGGGAACCCUGCCUCCAGGAACCCGACUUGGGGGAGCACUUGGUGGAAACAGCCACUCAGGAAAGCACCUUAGACCACUGGAAGUUCCUCCAAGAGCAAAACAAAACCAAGACUGACUUCAAUAUCAGAAAAGUCGAAUGUACCCUGCCUCCCAACGUGCUUGUGAUUCAUCCAUCAAAAUACAAGAGUGGGAUGAACAACCAUCAUCCUGAACAGCAAAGCUCCCUGCUGAACCUCUCUUCAAGGAACCUGACACAUCAGGAGUCCAUGAACAUUGGCACACUCACUUCUCUGCAAGGGAGGACCAGGAGAUCCAAAGGGAGGAACAAACACAGCAAGAGGGCUCUGUUUGUGUGCCAGUGA